AUGAUUGCUUCUGUCGAUGGUAGCACUCAACGAAUGGCACCCAAGUCGCUCGAGGAGCUCUCGAGACAUCUUCGACGCGAGAGAAUCAAGCUCGAACGAAACUUGAGUGAUGGAACAGAUGAAGGUCAGCAACUGUCUCAGGAAGUAGCUAUUCAAAUGCAACGACGAGCUAUUGGGGACACGAUUAUGGAGGACAUGUUUGCUUGUGCCAGGGUCCUCAAGAACAACAAUAAGAGCCUCGAAGAAUCGGCCGUCACAUCCACAAGAAAUCAUUCUGACAAAGAAAAGGAAGGCUCUACAAGGAAAAACGAAACAAACAAUGGUAAUCAUACAACCCAUUUGCAACUACCGCCCUCGGCUUCUUCUGACACGAAUCAUGAGCAGAGUCGCUAUUCAGAAUCGGUGUCUCCCUGUAUUUCAGAUGGUGCCAAUUCUCCCAGCAAGAUUUCACAAGACCAAAAGCCCCAUAAUAAGUCGACGUCGAUGAUACCCAGUGCUUCAAGAAAGCUUGGACUUGCAUUGGCUCGGCAACCGAAGCAAAGAUACGGCAAGCUCAAAUCCAUGCAAAUGCAAUCAAGAGUGUCUGCCAAUGACCACUGGUUGAUUCGUCAAUCUCCGAAGAUUUCUGGCUCAUUCCCGGAUGAUGAAGUGUCAGUUUACCCAGACACCAUGAGUGUCAUGUCAAAUGAUACAGUAGUGCGCUCGAAUAUAUUGGCAGUGGAAGAGGUUGUCAACGAAGAAGGCAGAACGUGCUACGUGAUUUGA